UAGCCCCGGGUUAACCCAAGCCAUGUGAGGGAAAUUAGGAAGACGGCGCACUGUGGUGGCCAUUGGAUGUUGGAUGAUGUUUGUCUGGCAGAGCGCUGACCCUAAUUGAGUUUGCGUAGCUCAAAGAGAGCAUUAAAUACUCCAGGACACACCGAAAAACAUUUACAUAAUAGGAGAUACUACUCUCACUUUUACAAUCUUAUCUCACUAACAGGCUUCAAUAUCUGCCUUAACUGGAAAUGUUGAUUCAUCAACCAGGAUUAUCAGACAUGGGGUACCCCAGGGUUCUGUUUUGGGCCCACUCUUAUUUGCGUUCUUAAUGCAUAAUGGGCUGUGUUUCAUACUAUAAAAUAUAUGCGUUUUUGUUUUGUUGAAAUUAGUUGUUGAUUUUUUAUCAGAUAUGAAAUAGAUAAUAUGGCAUCUCAGGCUGAAACACCAGCACUAUCAAGUGGCUCUGUCAUAACGAUUAGCAGAUCAAAAGAUUGCGAUACAAGAGAGUUACUCAAAACGACUUAUGGAGCAAUAAAGACAAGACUUUGUGAAAUAACAGAAGAGUUGAAAAUGAGAAGGCGAAGUGAUCAGGAGAACGAAGCUCGUGUGAAUCAGCUGAUUACAGAAAAGUUUGAAAUCAAAAGAACUAAGGAUGAAGAAAUUAGUUCUCUUUCUAAAGCUGUGGAUGAUUUGAAACAAGAAAAGAUGCAGCUACAAAAAGAGUUUGACGAAAAGAUGAAAAUGCAUGAAGAAGACAAAGCGGCCCAAAAUAUUUCCAUCAACUCAAGUUCGAAAGGUAUAAAAUCUUUGAAAGACGAAAUACUAGCAUUGCAGCUUGGAAAGUACAAUCUAGAAAAGAAACUGAAAGACCAGGAAUAUCAGCUUCAGUAUGAAGUCAGAAGUAAAGAAGAAACAGGUAAAAAGAUUUCUGAGUUGCAAACCACAGUAAAAGAUUUUCAACAUCACUGCCAAGACAUGCAAACGAGGCUGGAUUAUCUCUCCAAUUUAGUUAUUAAGACAGAACAGAUGCAUCAGAAGUUAAUUGGGGUAAACGAGCAUCACAAAUGUGUAAUGAGAAAUUACCAGACAAUGCUGAGUGAAACGCAGAAUGAGUUAAUUCUUGCUAAAGCGGAAGUUGUAGCUUUGAAAGAAAGAAAAGUUGUUAUCGAGUCAGAAGAAGUCUUUCCCAAGAGUGGUGAUGAUGAAAAACCAGUAGUAAGAGAAUUACAUGCGUUGCACAAGCAACUUGAAACAGAUUUAAAUGCUGCUAGAGAACAAAAAAAUUUUUUAAUGACCUCAUUGGCUGAGUCAAAUCACAUGUUAUCAACUGUCCAAUCCAAAUUAAAUGACGCCCAUCAGUUAAAUUCAUCGUUUCAACUCCAGAUCGACGAUUUAAAUAUGGAGACAGAGGAACUGAGAACUACUUUAAAAAUCAGAGAUGAAGAUUUGGAAAGUUUAAAAACGAAACUUGGACAACAUGAAGAAGAAGGAGUUAAAAUGAAGACCAGAUUUAAUGAGAAAAUACGAUCCCUUGAAUCAGAAAACUCUGCUUUGGAAACGUCUAUUGAAAUGGCAGAGAAAAAAAAUCGUGAGCAAAUAGACGAAUACAAUAAAAAGAUUCUACAGAUGGAAUUUGCUGUCAAUAACAAAGUAUGUAAGUCAGCUGAAGUAUGUACACUGAACACUGAUUAUCCCGCAGUUGGUCUGGCACAGAAUGAUAUCUCGCAUGCAAUCGUCUCCCAACAAAAUCAGUUUUCGGGGAGAGAAAGUCUUUCUCAGAAAGAAAAUGCGUCAUCGGGAGGAGAUUCUCACAAGAAAAAUAUUUCCGAAAAAGGUGACGUGCUCCCGCAAGAGGAAAAUGUCACCCAGGAAGAAAACGUUGCGCAGAAUUUUGUGUCGCAUCAGAAAAAUAACUGGCAUUUAGAAAAUUCAUUGCAGGAACGUUCUCACACUAACGUGCAAAGUGAAAAACAAAAAUUAGGCGACGACUCGAGCAAGAAUCUACUUUCUGAAAUUAAACACAUCCAAGAAGAAGAGCACGGUCUCAGUAUGCUGGACGACGAGGAUGAACAGCUUGCUGACAAAACAACAUAUGAAAGUAAAGUCAUUCUUAAAAACACGACUGAAACAUCUGAAGUAUGCUGUGCCAGCCCUAAUAAGACCGUUGUCUCCACAAACUGUUCGUCUUUAAAACGUAAAUCCAGUACAGAUCAAGAAUUUUCAAACGCUCUUAAAUAUAAACACGUUGAUGAAGGGCUUACUAUAACAGGUGAAGUUUCACAAGAUAUCAGAAUGUCUGCUCAGGAGUGUAAGAGAGACGUAUAUGAGACAGAAAAUUGGGAAAAGUUUUUAUGUGUAGAAGACAGAGAAGUUAACAAAGAAGAUAUAUCGCAGGAUGCAACAGCAAAAGAGCCGGCAGACAAUUGAAAAUUAAAUUUCUCUGUUAAAACAGAGCGUCAUUGGAUGUAGUAAUGAAAUAAGCAAAUUGAAAUUUAAUUUUA